UACAAUCAGCCAAUCAAAGCGACAUCCGCUCCUCCGAAAGCUAAGCUAACAACAUAGCACACUACUUGUACGGGUGUAUAUCAGUUAAACUGAAUACUCCACCUCUUUACAUGUAAACACGCGACAGGUUUACAAUUUGCAAAGAUUCUGGAACUGAGUUCACACAACUAACGUGACAUAUUUGAACCGAACGGCGCGUAGGAGAAGGUUGGUGGUGUAGUUAAGUCGUCUUUGUGGUGGUGGCGUGAAGCUCGCAGAAGGCCUCACACCGGAAGCAGAAAGAAGAGAAAAACAUUUAAGAUAACGUCUUGAAUCCUCAAAAGUGGUCAAAAUGCGAGGUUCUUAUGGAGACCGAGACAGAGACAGAGACAGAAGAGACCGAGGUCGCGACAGGGGAAGCCCUCGGUAUGGAUCCAGCAGAGGCGGCCCUCCACCACUGAAAAGGUUUGGAAAUCCUGGGGACCGUUUACGAAAGAAAAGGUGGGACCUGAAUGCACUUCCAAAAUUUGAGAAGAACUUUUACACCGAGCACCCAGAAGUGCAACGAAUGACUCAGUAUGACAUCGAGGACUACAGGAGCAAGAAAGAAAUAACCGUCCGAGGUUCAGGCUGCCCGAAGCCCAUCGUCAGCUUUCAUCAGGCACAGUUUCCCCAAUACGUGACGGAUGUGCUGACGCAGCAGAAUUUUAAGGCACCAACAGCCAUUCAGGCUCAAGGAUUCCCACUCGCGCUCAGCGGGAGAGACAUGGUGGGCAUUGCUCAGACCGGCUCAGGAAAGACUCUGUCGUAUCUCCUGCCUGCCAUUGUGCACAUCAACCACCAGUCCUACUUGGAGCGUGGAGAUGGACCCAUUUGCUUGAUCCUUGCCCCCACGAGGGAACUGGCGCAGCAGGUCCAGCAGGUGGCGCAUGACUAUGGGAAAUCAUCUCGCAUCAAAAGCACUUGUGUGUAUGGGGGCGCUCCCAAAGGACCCCAGAUUCGAGACCUGGAGAGAGGGGUUGAAAUCUGCAUCGCCACUCCGGGCCGUCUGAUUGACUUCCUUGAGGCGGGAAAGACCAACCUGGAGCGCUGCACAUACUUGGUUCUGGAUGAGGCUGACCGCAUGCUGGACAUGGGAUUUGAACCGCAGAUUCGCAAAAUUGUGGACCAGAUUAGGCCGGAUAGACAGACGCUGAUGUGGAGCGCCACCUGGCCCAAAGAGGUGCGCCAGCUGGCUGAAGACUUCCUUAAAGACUACGUGCAGAUUAACGUGGGAGCCCUUGAGCUCAGUGCCAACCACAACAUCCUCCAGAUAGUGGACGUGUGCAUGGAUAGCGACAAGGACCGCAAGCUGAUCCAACUGAUGGAGGAGAUCAUGGCUGAAAAAGAGAACAAGACCAUCAUCUUUGUGGAGACCAAGAAGCGAUGCGAUGACCUCACACGUAGGAUGAGACGCGAUGGGUGGCCGGCCAUGUGCAUUCACGGAGACAAAAGCCAACCGGAGAGGGACUGGGUGUUGUCAGAGUUCCGUAGUGGCAAAGCCCCCAUCCUCAUCGCUACCGACGUGGCUUCCCGUGGUUUGGACGUGGAGGACGUCAAGUUUGUCAUCAACUAUGACUAUCCCAACUCCUCGGAGGACUACAUCCAUCGGAUCGGCCGCACGGCCCGCAGCACCAACAAAGGCACGGCGUACACCUUCUUCACGCCGGGGAACAUCCGCCAGGCCCGCGACCUGCUCCGGGUUCUGGAGGAGGCCAGACAGGCCGUCAACCCCAAACUGCUGCAGCUGGUGGACAAUGGUCGUGGAGGAGGCGGCGCUCGCCAACGUUUCCGAGGCAGCUCCGCCUCCAACAACCCCAACUUGAUGUACCAAGACGAGUGCGAGCGGCGAAUGAGCGGCACCAAGGACGGCCGUGCGAGCAGUGGCGGCGGCAGCAGCAGCUACGGCCGCGACAGUCGAGGCGGAAGCAGCCGAGACGGGGACCGCCUGGCCUCCUCCUCCUCAUCCUCUUCCUCCUCUUACAGGGAUCGCAGCAGCAGGGACGGAGGACGCAGCUACAGCUCCGCCUCCAGCCAGAACAGUGCUAACAGUGCCGGCAGCAACCAGUACAGCGCCAUGCCGGUGGGGACGGUCACGGCCCCCCCGCCUCUAAUGGCCCAGCAGUUCAACCCAACCCAGCCUGUGAUGGGCCUGAUGGCUAACUCCACCUACCAGUUUGCUCCGCCUCCAGCGCCGCUGCCUCCGGGAAGAAAGUAACUUACACUUCAUCCACACUUGGACCUGCCCGUCGAUUACAAACACACAAAGUGCAAAGCAUCACUUUCUUCUAUCAGCUGUUUCUAGGUGGGCCUGCUCUUUGGAAAAGUGAGUACCGUCAUUUCCUGCUCACUUUAUUGUACAAACGCCCUGACACAUGAAACAUUUACACAGGCCUCACAAGCAUACAGCAGCUGAGCGCUCUCGCUACCCUCAUCCUGCGCUCUAAAGUCCUCUUCUUCAGAGCUAAAAACAUAUUCUCAGCCUCCUUUUCACUUUCACUUUUGCUACAGCACAACGAACACUAUUGUCACUUCAUGUCCAAACCAGCGUUUUAGUCUAAAUGUUUGUGUAGUGUAGUGCUUCUUCCCUCGGCUGCUUUGUCAAAGAGAAGAGACUUUUAGGACCCUUCCACAUUCUUGGGGCAUGCUGGAGACAACAAUACACCCUCAGCCCUACCUUCUCCAAGUAGGAGGCAAAGAUUGCUGUGAUGUUGGAAGAUUACUACUUUAUAUUGUAUUUGUCUUUUGCCCACAAGGUUACUCUCCAAAUGGGUUUAUUUUAUUUGUAUCGAUGUUAUAAAAAUUGCCUUUUCCACGUUUAAUCAAAGUAUCACAAUCAGUGUGUUUGGCUCAUCUUCCUCCCUCGCCCAGGAUUGGACGUUUCACCCCAACCUUCUCGCAUUUCCCAAAGCAGAUAUAAACAUCUUAAAGACUUCUUUUUCUCUCUUCUUCUUCCUCUUCUUCUUUAUUUCUGUAGCAGCGUUAACUAUCUCUUUGGUCAUCAGAUCUUAUUUGACAUCUCAAAUAAAUGCAUGAAGUCAUUA